ACGAUCUUUGCUGUGUAGCGUGUUAGCUGGACCCUGUCAGUGCUGCUGUUUGCUCCUCUCUUGCCUGUGUGUCUGAACCAUAGACUGCCAAAGAGAAGCGACCAUGGCACGCACAAUGAAGAACAGGGUGUUUGUCAUCGGUGUGGGCAUGACAAAGUUUGACAAGCCUGGAGCCCGAGGCGAUUAUGAUUAUCCUGAUAUGGCCAAGGAAGCAGGCCAAAAGGCUUUAGCAGAUGCAGGAGUCCCAUAUUCAUCCAUUGAACAGGCCUGUGUAGGAUACGUCUAUGGGGACUCCACAUGCGGGCAGAGGGCCAUUUACCACAGCCUGGGCCUGACCGGGAUCCCCAUCAUCAACGUCAACAACAACUGCUCCACCGGCUCCACAGCUCUCUUCAUGGCUCGGCAGCUGGUUCUGGGAGGUCUUGCAGACUGUGUGCUUGCUGGGUUUGAGCGGAUGGAGAGGGGCUCCUUGUCCUCAAAGUAUUUGGACCGGACCAAUCCGAUGGACAAGCACAUGGAGGUGAUGAUCAACCGCUACGGCAUGGCAGCAGCUCCAGCAGCACCUCAGUUGUUUGGCAACGCUGGAAGGGAGCACAUGGAGAAAUAUGGCACAAAACCCGAACACUUUGCUAAAAUAGCGUGGAAAAACCACAAGCAUUCCACCAACAACCCGUAUUCCCAGUUCCAGGAUGAGUACAGUUUGGAGCAGGUGAUUAACUCCAGGAAGGUGUUUGAAUUCCUGACUCUGCUGCAGUGCUGCCCGACAUCAGACGGUGCAGGAGCAGCAGUGUUGGCCAGUGAAGACUUUGUCAGGAAACACCGUCUUGAGGCCCAGGCUGUGGAGAUUGUUGCCCAAGAGAUGGUGACCGACCUCUCGUCCACGUUUGAAGAAAACAGUUGCAUCAAGAUGGUGGGCUAUGACAUGUCUCAUUUGGCGGCUAAGAAGUGCUUUGAAGCUGCAGGACUGACACCCAGUGACGUUGAUGUGGUCGAGCUGCACGACUGCUUCUCAGCCAAUGAGCUCAUCACGUACGAGGCCCUCGGGCUCUGUCCUGAGGGUAAAGCCGGAGAACUGAUCGACAGAGGGGACAACACAUAUGGAGGAAAGUUUGUGGUCAACCCGAGCGGUGGUCUGAUCUCUAAAGGACAUCCUCUGGGUGCAACAGGUCUGGCGCAGUGUGCAGAGCUGUGCUGGCAGCUCCGCGGUCAGGCUGACAGGAGGCAGGUCCCUGGAGCUAAAGUGGCUCUGCAGCACAACAUCGGCUUAGGAGGAGCUGUGGUAGUCGCUCUCUACAGGAUGGGAUUCCCUCAGGAGGCCAGGUCCCAUGUUGCUGCAGUUCCCACCAGCUCGGGCAGCGGUCUGGAGGGCUUUAAAGCUUUUCCAGUCUUCAAAGAGAUGGAGAAACAUCUACAGGAGGAAGGCGAGCAGCUUGUCAAGAAGAUUGGUGGAGUGUUUGCCUUCAAAGUAAAGGAUGGACCAGAGGGGAAAGAGGCAACCUGGAUUGUUGACGUGAAAAAUGGCAAAGGUUCUGUCUCCAGUGAUCCAGGUAAAAAGGCUGACUGCACCCUAUCCAUGAGUGAUGUGGAUAUUCUGGAUCUGAUGACCGGAAAGUUGAACCCACAGACGGCGUUCUUCAAAGGGAAACUGAAGAUUACAGGGAACAUGGGCAUGGCCAUGAAGCUGCAGAACCUCCAGCUUACACCAGGCAAAGCCAAACUGUGAGAACCUUAGCAAGCUCUAA